AUGACAUCAUCAAUCCGGCUGGCCGUGACCGUAACAUCGGCCGGUUGUGGUGCGAUCGCUUUCGUGGCCCUCGUAUCCGUUGGGCUCCUCUAUCAGGAGAUCAACGAUUUCUACCACGAGGCUCGUCGGGAUCUCGUUGAGUUCCAGGUCUCAGCAAAUGGUGCCUGGGAUGAUAUGAUGAUCGGGAUGUCGCUGGAGAAGAGGAGUGAUUUCCGAGAGUUGAUCCGCACGAAGAAGGCCGCUCAGAAUUGUCAAUGCGGGCCUCAGCCUCAGAACUGUCCGGCUGGGCCGCCUGGGCCUAAGGGACCCAAUGGAGAUGAUGGUACCGAUGGCCCUCGUGGUCAGCCCGGAAAUCCCGGAUCGAAGGGUAGCAGUGACAAGGGAACUUCGUACGAGCCACAGCCAUGCAUAGUUUGCCCCGCUGGACCGCCUGGCCCAUCCGGAGAAGACGGUCCCGCCGGAGCCCCCGGAGCCCCCGGCCAACCCGGAUCUGAACUCCCGGAAAUCGCGGAACGGAUGGACGACCUGGAGGACCGGGAGUUGCUGGAGCUGCCGGACACGAUGGAAAUCCGGGAGCGCCUGGACAGGCUGGAACUCAAGGCUUUGCUGGUUCUCCUGGAGCCGAUGCUGCCUACUGCCCCUGUCCUCCUCGCACCGGUGCUGUUGGUGGUGGAUCGUCUGGAGCAUCGGAUGGUGGAUACGGAGGAUCAGCUGGAGUUGGAGGAGGCGCCGAUCACGCUCCCGCUGCCAGCCCGCCUCGGCAAGAAGAAGAAGAAGAAGCAGUGGCGGGCAUUAUUUGAUUGUGUGCCUCUUCCAGUCCCCUGGAAAGAACCACGGAGAGCAGAGGAGCACGAGGAAGAGGUGUUCAAGAUCACGAUGGAACCGACGGGGAGUCGUGGCAAUGAUUUCGAACGGGAAGAGCUGGUCGUGGGUACGACGGGCUCGGACGGGGCCUCUGACGUCCCUAUGAAGCGCCCCCUACUUACCGUAUGCCGGGAUUUCGUCUACCGGCGACUCCCGUUUGCUAAAUGGUUCCCGGAAUACCGUAUCUCACAAGAUUUACCGGGUGAUUUUGCUGGAGGAUUGACGAUUGGCAUUAUGCAUAUUGCUGAGGGAAUGGCCUACGCUCCGUUGGCCGGUGUAAGGCCGGUGAAUGGUCUAUUUUCCUGCCUAUUUCCUGCCCUAUUCUACAUGCUAUUCGGGACAUCCAGACAUGUUUCUGUUGGAGGUUUCGCUGUAAUUUGUCUAAUGACCGGCUCGGCAACGACUCGAGCGACAGAACAGUUGAUGGCUGGCAUGAACGUUACGGCGGCGGACGAGCCGAAAAUACGCGAAAAUUUGGCCAUACAGAUUACGGCUGCUCUUACAAUGUUUAUUGGUUUUGUACAGAUCCUCCUCGGCAUCUGCCGUCUCUAUAAAUUGACGCCAUUUUUGAGCGAUCAGGUAAUUGCCGGGUUCACCACCGGAGCCGCCGUGCAUGUGAUGACGUCACAACUCGAUAAAGCUCUGGGCGCCUCGAUUGGAUCGCAUAAUGGGCUGGGAAAGUUAUUCUUUAUCUACCGUGACAUCGUCGCCGCCCUAUUACAAGGCAGAUUUCACCUAAUGACAGCGUGCAUCGGCUGUUUCGUCGUCUUUUGCCUGUUUUUCAUCAAAAAUUGGAUCGAUCCAAAGUUGCGCAGCUGGCUGAAUAUUAAGAAGCCGUUGCCCUACGAUCUUUUCGUGAUGGUUCUCGCCACAUUCUUCAGCUCCUAUUUUGCCCUGCACGCACAAUAUGGGGUGGCGAUCAUUGAGGAUAUUCCUACCGGUCUGCCCUCGGCGAAGUUGCCGGAGCUCGGCCUAUUCCCAUUAUUGGCUUUGGACAGUGUGUCGAUCGGGAUUAUUAUUCUUGUCAUUCACCUCUCGAUGGGGAAGCUGUUCGCGAAGAAGCACACAUAUCCGCUCGACAUGGAGCAGGAGUUUUACGCCACUGGCCUCACCGAGGUUCUCUGCUCGUUUUUCCCAGUCUAUCCCCCGUCCACAUCGUUGGGUAGAAGCUUGGUAGGAGAGUCGGCCGGCACUCGAACCCAACUCUCAGCUGUAUUCUCAUCUUCCCUGGUGCUAUGCGUCAUUCUAUUCCUCGGCCCACUCCUCGAGCCGUUGCCUACGUGCGUAUUGGCAGCCAUCGUCAUUGUUUCCCUGCAGGGGAUGUUCCGCCAACUGGGCCAGGUCCCGCAGCUGUGGCGGGUUAAUCGGAUUGAUUCGGGAGUCUUCAUGGUCACCUUCCUAGCUACCGUCCUUGUCGACAUUGUUCCUGGUCUCUGCAUCGGCGUCAUUUUCGUGCUCGGAACCGUUAUAUUCCGUAGCAAAAAGGCGAAGCUGACGUGCGAGGUGGGGACGGCUCCAAAAGAAUGUCGAACUCGGGCCGAUUGUCAAUUGGUGCUGACCUUUACCUCCCCAUUAAUUUUCCUCAACGUCGAGCAGUUCUGGCGGAAUUUGAGGAAGCUUUUGGAUCGGGCGGCUAGUGAAAAAGCCCCACAUUCGAUCGUUUUCGAUCUGCAUCUCGUGACGAAUGUCGAUACGAUGGGCGGCAAUGCUAUUAUUGAGGUACACGACUACUGCCAAAAACACGGGUAUAUCGUCCAUUUUUGCCGGGCUAACGAAAAAGUGCUGCGCCUUCUCAACCGUAUGGAGCAGUUUGAGCGGAUCUCGACAGCUUUUUGC